UUUCAAACUCACUCUAAAUUCGCAUGAUCAUCCCAUUGAUUUUCACUUUUAUUUCGAUUUUUCCAGCUUUCAUUGUAUCCCUACAAUGCUGGAACUGUGUCGGAACGGAUUGUGAUAUGUAUCGAGCUUCUUCAAAAAAUUGGGAACUGGUGACGUGUCCGGAGGGGAGUGUUUGUCAGAAAACAGAUUUUCUAUUCUACAGUAAUCAGAAGAACCAGUCUAUCGAAAGUAACACGAUUCGAAGUUGCUCUUACGAGACAGGAUGUACAUGGGAUCGUUCGAAAUCGUGUCAAAAGUCACCAGUUGAAUAUGCUGGAAGAGGAUGCGCCGAUCGAUUUUGUUGCGGAAAAGACAAAUGCAAUGGUGCCGGAAAAGUUUCCACGAUAUUUGUUGUGGCAAUGUUCUCUUGUUCAAUUAUCGUGGCUUUGCUUGGAGUUUAAGAAAAUCUAAUGUGAACCAAUAAAUUAAUUGUUGAAA